AUGACUGAAAAUAAAAAUUCUCAUCAAAUUUGUUGUGUGGUUAACUGCAAUAAUACAUACAAGAAUACUAAUAAUACUAUAUUUUACAACUUUCCUAAUCGAUCUUACCAAAAGGAUUUGAAGUUUAAAUGGAUAAAGGCUGUUAACAGACUUGAUGACAAUGGGAAAUUGUGGUUGCCUAAUCCUCGCAGUGUGAUAUGUAGUAAGCAUUUUGUUGGAAACAAGCAUUCAAAUGAUCCUAGAAGUCCUUCUUAUGUACCUUCACUAUUCCCUAAAGUGUACAAGAAAAAACUAACUGAUUCAAACCAAGCGGAUGAAAGAAAAGAACUUUGCUUCACAGUUUGCAAGUGUUGGCACUCAAGUAAUAGCGCUUCCACACAAGCUUGUAUUCCAUUUUCAUUUUUAAACCAUUUGAAUAGUGGAAGUAAGCCAAUACCUUCUGACAAAGCUUGUGGUGUAGACCACAGAAAAAGUUUAUCUUGCUUGUCAUGUGAAGCAUUUCACGGUUUUGAAUCCAUUAAAAAUGAAAAAUCUCUUAAAGACAUUACUGGCACUUUUUUUUCAGUUUUUAAUAUUUUGCUCAAGUUAAUGCCUAAUGUCAAUCGUUUGGUGGUCUCUAAUGAAAAUGCUUUAUUAAUAUUUUUAAUGAAAUUGAAAUUAGGUUUAACUUAUUCCUCUUUGGCUGUAUUUUUUGGAGUACACCGAACAACAAUAUCUAGAAUAUUUACUGAUACCCUUCUUACAUUAAGCGUAAAAACAAAAAAUUUAAUAUUCUGGCCUAAUAAGAGAACUAUUUCAGUUUUGCUUCCUGAAGCAUUUAAGAAAAACUAUCCGAACUGUAGAUGCAUAAUUGAUUGCACCGAGUUAAAAGUAGAACAACCUAAUACUGUAGAACAUAGAGUUUACAUGUAUUCAAGGUACAAAGGGUCUUAUACUGUUAAAUUUUUAGUAGCCAUAACACCUAAUGGUAUGAUUAGUUUUGUGUCAAAAUGUUAUGGUGGUCGGUCAAGUGACUCAUUUAUAACCAAUGAUAGUGGAUUUUUAGCUCUUUUAGAAUCUGGUGAUGAAGUUCUUGCCGACAAAGGAUUCCCAGGAAUAAAAACCACAGAUGAAAAUGUUGUUAUUGUAAUGCCUCCAUUUUUACACAAUGGUAGGUUUUCAGAAGAUGAAAUUCUAGAAACCUAUAAUAUAGCAAGUGUAAGAAUACAUAUAGAACGGUUGUUUGCUAGGUUGAAGACUUUUGGCAUACUUAAUAAAUUAACUAUCGAUUACUUACCAUUUAUUGAUAACAUUGUUCAUAUGUGCUGUGUUUUGACAAACAUGCAAGCACCUAUUAUUAAGCAAUAA